CAUCAGAGCACCUGACAAAUUAAAAAACUAACUAAGCUAAGCCUUAAUUAACUUAUUAAUUAAUGGCUGCAAUAAUGUUUGUGAAAGGCUCUGAUUUUUUGUUCCUAAUUAGUUUCACAAUGUUAACCCUUAGUAAUUACUUAGCCGAAGGCCACAAUUACAGUGAUGCCCUCGCGAAAUCGAUUUUAUUUUUCCAAGGCCAGAGGUCCGGCAAACUUUACGACCAAGACCAAGCCCUCGGCUGGAGGGGCGAUUCCGCACUUUCCGAUGGUCAGUCGGAUGGGAUGGACUUGACGGGAGGAUACUACGACGCGGGAGAUAACGUGAAGUUCAAUUUCCCGAUGGCUUUCACGAUAACCGUGCUUUCAUGGGGAGUCAUUGAGAACGGCAACAAAAUGGCGGGGCAGUUGCCCAAGGCAAUGGCUGCGAUCAGGUGGGGCACGGACUACCUGCUCAAAUCUGCUCAGCAUCUGAAUACUAGUGGCAAGUUAUACGCGGUAGUUGCGAAUCCCAAUUUGGACCACAGUUGUUGGCAGAGGGCAGAGGACAUGGACACUGAUAGGACUGCAUAUUACGUAACACCCGAAAACCCGGGCUCUGACUUGGCGGCUGAAAUGGCUGCUGCCAUGGCUGCUGCUUCAAUGGUUUUUCGGAAAACCGAUCACAAAUACGCCAAGCAGCUUUUGCAGACUGCGAAAAACGUGUGGCAGUUUGCUGUGGACCACCGAAGAAGGUACAGCGAGUCCCUUCCAAUUGUGUGCCCCUUUUAUUGUUCCUACUCCGGAUACACGGAUGAGUUGCUGUGGGGAGCAGCAUGGAUGCACAAAGCAACUGGGGAAGACAAGUAUGUGAAGAUGAUUGAAUCUUUUAGUGGUAAUGGACCAUCAAAUGCUUUCAGCUGGGACGACAAAUAUUCUGGUGCUUAUGUUCUCCUAGCAAAGCGCAAUUUGGUUAACAAUGACCCCACUUUUGAGCAGUACCGUCGCAAGGCGGAAGAUUACAUGUGCAAAAUACUGCCUAAAUCCCAGUACUUGGGAGGAUUGAUGUAUGUAUUGGAAGGUAGCAACUUACAAUACGUAGCAUCCGCAGCUUUCUUGCUAACGACUCUUUCCAAAUACAUGUCGGCCUCAAAUUACACGUUUCCCUGUGGGAACUUCCAAGUCACUAGGAGCUAUUUGCGCGCCCACGCAAAGAAACAAGUGGACUAUAUACUAGGGGACAAUCCAAUGAAGAUGUCUUACAUGGUGGGCUAUGGUUCGAAAUAUCCGACUCGACUCCACCACAGGUGUGCGUCUGUGCUGUCAAUGCAUGAUCAUCCGGCACGAUUUGGAUGUGGGGAAGGGUUCAAUAUGUUCUUAUACACACAAAAUCCGGACCCAAACCAACUGCUUGGGGCAGUUGUUGGAGGUCCCGAUCGAGACGAUUCUUAUGCCGAUGACCGCACAAGAUACACCCAGUCCGAGCCCACCACUUACAUCAAUGCUGCCAUAGUUGGACCCUUGGCAUACUUUGCUGCCAAUACUAACUAAUUAAUCAUCAUCCACACUUUUUAAUUAUUAUAAACUAAUAUAUAUAAUAAUUACUCCUUGUUUUAAUUAGUAUAAUAAGGAUGAUGAUGCAUAAUAUAUAUCAUAUAUGCCAUAUCUAAACUUAUAUCUCUACACAUAUACAUGUAUUAAUGUCACGCACACAUAUAAAUGUAUACACACAUUUAUGUUAUGUCCAACUGAUGAAUAAUGAAUAAAGGUUUGCCAAGAAAAAAUAUAUAGUACAUGUAUUGUAUUAUCUUUUUUCCUUACUAGUAAUUAAUGCAUAUGUGACUUUUUUUCAAUAGUAAUAUCAUGUGUCCACUCAUGUUAAUUGAAGUCGUAGCAAAUUGCUUUUACAAUAUGUCACGGUGUGUUUACUAAUUCGAAUAGAGUAAUUCAGAGGAGUUGUCGA